AUUAAAAUAAAAUUAUCAAGGGAUGAGUAUAUGACGAAAAAUUAUACAACAUUUUUCGCAAAUAUCUUUUUUGAAAUAAGUCAUAUAAAUGUGUAUAAAUAACGCCUAUUUAUUUGAUUAAUUGGGCAAAAUUUAAAUGUGCUCAAUUAAAACAACAAUUACUCAAAAAUGUCGCCACACACACAAAUAUAUAUGGAAAUAUAUAUACAUAUAACGACCUCAGAAAUUUUGUUGACCAAACACAUUAUAUUUAUCAUGAAGACACGUACAGAGAAUCAGUCAGUCUUUCGUGGUCUUUCGAACCACGUGGUGGUGAAGAUAUAAUACUUUUAAUAAAGUGUGUGAAUAUAUUAUAUUCUUCCAACAUUGAAUACUUCUAAAGCAUUAUUUGCUGUAGUUCAUUUUUAAAACGAUAUAUAAUUUUCCAAUUAACAUUCUGUUUCGAAAUAUUCGUGUGCAUUACAGAUCUAAAGUAAAUAUUCUUUUUCCGACAUGAUAUUUCUAAAACUAUUAUUAAGUAGCGGACUAAUGUUUAUCGCUGAGACGACUUUCGUUCUUCAUGAAUCAUCUUUAUGCUAUCAACCAUCAAAAUAUAUAAAACCAAUCCAUUACGAUAUCAAGCUUAUAUCAUAUAUUGAAGGAAAUAUUUUCUAUGGAGAAUACAAUAUCAGCAUAAGCAUUCUUAACAAAACGAAAGACAUAUUUUUACAUUCAGAAAAUUUAUAUAUUAAAAAUCUAGUUAUAUCUAUAUAUGUAAAAAAAUAUUAUAAAGAUGCAGUUUAUGAAUGGACACACAAUAUUACAGAAGAAAAAAUUAUUAUUCGGUUUUCGCAUGAGUUAUCACCAGGAAAUUACCUUUUAAAUAUAAAAUAUCAUGGCAUUGCUGAUGAAGUUUUUAGAAUUUUCAACGUGAAAAAAGAACUUGCGUGUUACUCAUUUCCAUAUAAUAGGCGCUCGACAAUUGUCUUCAUGUUGGGGUCAACAAAAUUUAUUGUUAGAAGCAACCUUUAACAUAUCUAUAGGAUGUAAUCGAUGCACGGCUUUGUCAAAUAUGCCAUUGCAAAAUACAGAAAAAAAUAAGCACAAUAUGUUGUGGACACACUUUGAUACCACACCCGCAAUGUCGCCGUAUCUUGCAACAAUAAUUAUAUCCAAUUACUUAUUACGUGUUGAUAAUAAUACUCAAAAUAUUCAAAUGUGGUGUCGAAACGAAAUUGUAUUUCACAUGGAAUUUGCAAAGGAUGUAGCUGAAAAUAUCACGUUGUUCUAUAAAAAUAAAUGGAAACAACGUUCGAACAAUAUUUCGAAGAUAACUCAUGUUGCAAUUCCAAAUUUCCCUGAUAAUGGCAUAAUAGUUUUCGGACUUGUUCUGUAUAACGAAAACAAUAUCAUCUACGAUGAAAAUUUAUAUCCUGAUGCUCACAAAAUCGAAGUAGCUCAAUUAGUAGGAUAUAAAGUGGCACAGCAAUGGUUUUAUAAUCUGAAUAAUCCGUUUCGAUCGGCUUGUUGGUUUGAAAAAGCUCUUACUACAUUGCUUGCAACGUAUGCUGUCAAUGAGAUUUAUCCAGAUAAUCGAAUAAUAAAUUUAUUUGUUGUUCAAAAUCAACAUACUUCUUUUUAUUUGGAUGGUGAUUAUCGUAUGUGGAAUUCUACUUCAGAAGAUGACAGUUUAUUGAAAAUUCGCGAAUCCAUCAGAGGACCCUUUAUACUGCGCAUGAUGCAAUACGCCUUUACCGAAGAAAUAUUUUGGAAAAACGUUCGCUCAUAUCAAGAGACACGGUAG